AAUUCAGCUAAGUCUGGCGUGAGAGCUCAUCCUUUUACUAGACAUCAAUGAAACACCGCAGGAGAGGUCAUGGGCUGAUGGGCAGCUUGGCUGUAUGGCAUUGGACUCAUGGAGCAGAGUUAGUGCCUGCUGCUGGCACACUGCCUGGCUGCCUCAAGCUGUGGGGUGACGGCAGAGUGUUGGUUCUUGGCCGGGGGGACAUUGAUCUUCAAUGGUUCUGUACCCCCAGCCGAGAGCUGAACCUCUGCCAUCACCCCACAGCUGCAUGUAGCAGCUGGAACCAUGGGUGAUGGGGAAAAACCUGGCCAGAUGUGCCUUUUGGGAGCCGAGAUCACCCCAGACCCUUUCCCUGUUACAGAUUUCUCCCCCAAUCACCCUUCUGUCUUCACAACACCCAGGGCUGCCCAGGACGAGCUGGUGGCAAUGGGGCUAUGCAUGUUUGGGCGGGUGUUGGGGGUCACCCAGCUUCUACAGGUCCUAAUAAAGUUGGGCAAGAGAUCGGGACAGGGCUGGGGACCCCAGAAUGGUCACAGGCUUAACCCUCCCCGAGGUAGGGACUGUCCAGAAGGGCAUGGAGAAGCCAGGGAGGUGGCAGAGCUGUGGUAUAUCCUGGUGCCACCAACUGCUGGAGAUGCACUUACCCAGCCCAGAGCUCUGGGCACUGCAAAGAGAUCCCAUCACCGGUGUCCUGGAACUGGAGGGACAUGGUGGGGACCCAACCGACCCACCCCAGGGCUCUGGGAGCUGCAAGGGGACCCCAGGACUGUGCCGAGGACCCCGGAGCUGGGGAAAGGGCAGGCACGGAGCCCCACGGCCGGCAGCGCGGGUGGCUCGGAGGGCCGGAGGCGGGUGGGACGAUGCCGAUGCCGAGCGGUGAGAUGCAGAGGGCCCGGGCGAUGCCGGCAGCGUGGGGACCGCCGUGCCCGCCGGGGGUGGUGGUGGUGGGAGGCCGGGCCCGGGCGGUCUCCAGGCAGUGUCCGAGCCCCGCUCCCAGCUGGGAUGGCAGCGCCGUGUUUGCGAAGAGUUAAGGAGGCGGAAGAGGCAGGAAGCGGCCCGAGCUGCUCUCCAUAGAAACCCGCGGCCGUGAUUAAAGUCUGAUGCGGGCCCGAUAGCGGGGAGGGGGGGGGGUGAGGGGGGGGGGCAGCGCCCGCUUUAAUUACAGCGGAGGAAAUUGCUGGAGCCGGGGCCCCGAGCCCCUGCGAGUUGCCUGGAAACUCCCCCCCCACCCCCGCCUCCCCCGGCCCCUGCCCGUCCCCUGCCCGUCCCGCUGCCAUUUAUUCGCCAUCAGCUGCUCCCUGAUAAAGUGGAAUAAUAAUAAUAAUAAUAGGGGCAGGAAUAUUAAAACAUGCAGCCCGCGGGCCGCCCCCACAGCUGCCAUGAGACACGGCGCCGGAGCGGUGCCACUGCUGCUCAACAUGUACCUGCCAGGUACGGGCGGACCCCCCCGGCCGCUGCCCCGCCGCAGCGCCGUGCACCGCACAGCACCCGGCCCCCGCCCGCCCUGCCCCGCCGCUGCCCCGGGGCCCUUCUCUGUCCCGUCUCCCUCCAGAGCCCACCCUGCCUUCCCCUCUCCCUCCGCCCGUCCUCCCUUCCUGCCUUCCAGCCCUCCAACCAUCCCUUGCUUCUUCCUUCCAGCCGUCCCCACAGCCUUCCACGCCCGCACACCCGUCCUCCCUUCCAUCCUCCAUCCGCCCACCGUCCCCCUGUCCUUCCACCCCUCCAUCCACCCUUCUGUCCUUCCAACCCAUUCUUCUACCCACCCACCCACCCUUCCCCUGUGCUUCCAUCCAUAUUUCCGUGCCACCCACUUGUCCCUCUGUCCCUCUCUCUGUCCCCGCUACCAGCCAUCCCUUCCAUCUACUCUCUGUCCCUUCCAUCAGCCCAUUCUUCCACCGUCUUACCCAUUACCUGCCCUUCCUUCCAUCCUUCCACCUCUCGCCCUUCCUUCUCUCUUUCUUAUCCUUCCCUCCAUCUACCCACCCAUCCUCCCUUCUGUCCUUCCAUCCAUCCACCCAUCUCUCCUUCCUUCCUUCCAUCCGCCUCUCCAUCCCUCUCUCCUUUCCCCAGCCGUCUGUUCCCCAAACACCAACACUCGUCCUUCCUUCCACCCGCCGCUCCUGCCACCCAUCCUUCCACCCCACCCGCCUCCUCUCCCUCUCCCCCCUGCCCCGCAGCUCUCUCCCUCUGUCCCUCUCUCCUCCCUACCCCAGCCCGCGGGAUUUUCUAUUCCUAUUUAAAAGCUUCCCCGGCUCGGUCGGAAAUCGGAUUUCCUUUUUCCUGGACGCGUUUCCUGGCUUCGCCGCGGCGGCGGGGCAGGCGAGGGGGAGCGGCCGGGGGCUGCGGGGAGGCUGCCCGCGGGUGGGCGCCGGGGGGUCGCGGGUCCCGCCUGGCUCCAGCCCCCCCUCCACCCCCACCCGCGCCCCUUUUUCCCCCCCCAGAUCCAGUCGGGGAAACUUUGUUCAAAGACGGGAAGAGCCAGGCGUGGGGGUCUCUCAGCCCCGGCGUGCAGAAAGGCAGCGGGCAGAUCCAGCUGUGGCAGUUCCUGCUGGAGCUGCUCUCCGACCGGGCCAACCUGAACUGCAUCGCCUGGGAAGGCACAAACGGGGAGUUCAAGCUGAUCGACCCCGAUGAGGUAGCACGGCGCUGGGGUGAGCGGAAGAGCAAACCCAACAUGAAUUACGACAAGCUGAGCCGGGCACUGCGCUACUACUACGACAAGAACAUCAUGACCAAGGUCCACGGCAAGCGUUAUGCUUACAAGUUCGACUUCCACGGGCUGGCGCAGGUGUGCCAGCCGUCCGCCCCCGAUCACACCCUCUACAAAUUUCAGGGCAACCUGGCCCCGCUGCCCUUCUCGGGCAUCUCCAAACUCAACCUCAUGACCUCGGGGGUGACGCCGGCUGGCUUCUCCUACUGGCCUGGCUCUAGCCCAUCCCUCUACCCUGGGCACGGGCUCCAGCCCUCUGCCCCGUUCAGCGCCAUGGCAGCCUCCCACCUCAACAACAUGAAUAACCAUUACCAUUAGAGGCUCGGCUGCGCCAGGCAGACCUCCCCAUCCCCGGCAGCAUGGGGCUGUGGAGCUGGGGAGCUCAGCAGGGAGGGAUGGGUGGGUGGGAUCGUGCCCUGCUCUCAGUUGCCCCCUUUCAGAUUUGGAGAGUUGCAUGGGGGGUGAGGGGUGCUUGCAGGGUAGCUGGGUUGGUUCCCUGAUGUGGGUGGCUGGAGGAGAGACGCCAUCUAAAUUUAGGGUGAGGAGGGAUCCAUGAUCCUGGGAACGGAUGUGGAUACCUAAAGCAGGGUGCGAAUGGAAGGAAAAACCAUGGGCUCUCCUCCUGGCAGGGACCAUGCCCCCCUUUCCUUUGGAACAUGCUGCCCACCCCAUGAACAUCCUUAACUCUGCCCCGAGCCUGUGCCUGCCCUCCCCUCUCUCUGCAGAGAGGAAUCAGGAGCUGGGGCCCCAGGGCAGCUGUGUCCAUGGGUGAGGGUUCCACUGGGCAGGGGCAGGGAAAGGGGACUCUCCUUGCUACUCCUUGGUUCCCCACCUUUGUCUCCAAAGCCUUCCUUUCCUCCAUCCCUCCUACACCUCCUGCCGAUGGUGGCUUCCUCCAGACCUCAGGAGAAGCCUUGGUCUAGAGAGCAGAUGACCUUCAUGGGUUAACUCCUGCCCAGGGCAGGGCUUUACUGUUGGAGGUGUCAGGGGCAGGUGUGAGGGGCACUGCCAGCCCUCAGGGCAAGGCCAGAGCCCAGAGGCAGCAGAGCCUGGCCUCUGCAACUCUGCCCUCUCUCCAGUGCCCAAGGACCACGCCACAGAGUGGGAUGGUCCCUGAAGCCCUGCACAUGAGCCCAUGUCCUGCUGGUUACUUCGAAGUUUAAUGCUUCUGUUUUACUGUGGCUUUAGCCCCUCACAUGCAGGACUUGGUGGGACACCCUCCAUGGGUGGGGACAUCCCCAGGGACAAGGCUGGGUUGGAGGUGGAACAGGAAAAGGGAUGACAGCAGGGCUGAGAGCCCUGGGCACGGAGAGGCAGCCCUGGGUCCCUGCCCCUGUGUCCAAGGAGGUGCCCCCAUCCUCCGGAGCAGGACUUUGGCCCAGUGGAUGCAGAAGGGCAUGCUGGGCUCUGCGCUGGCUGGGGGGAGGGAUUGGUCUUCAAUAAAACAGAGAGGUGCUGUGA